AUGUUGAUUUAUCAUAAUAUGCUGAAAGGUGGUAUCUUCUGGUUUUUAUUUCCUUGUAGUUUAGUGAUUUGCAAUGAUAUAGCAGCUUAUGCUUGGGGAAAAUAUGUUGGCAAGACGAUGCUUUUAAGUCUUAGUCCUAAAAAGACAAUGGAAGGAUUUAUAGGUGCUUUGAUGACAACCAUCUUGUUUGCUUAUAUAUUCUCAGCUUGGUUAAUCAAGUUUGAUGGUUUGAUCCAAGACAAGUAUAACACACUCUAUAAUUGUAUUCAAUAUCAUGCUGUGAUUCUUGCACUUUAUGCUUCCCUUGUUGCACCCUUUGGUGGGUUCUUUGCCAGUGCUAUCAAAAGAGCAAGUGGACUCAAGGAUUUUGGUAGUUUUAUACCAGGACAUGGUGGUCUUUCAGACCGUUUAGACUGUCAGUUAUUCAUGGCUAUGUUUGUCUAUCUUUAUUAUGAUACAAUACAAUAA